AUGGGUAGGCAAGCAAAGAGGUCCAAGACCUCUCACGUCGCGACCCGCACAGAGCAGCAAACACGGUCAAGCAUGGACGCCGCCAGAGACCUGUUAUACGGCUUUGAAGUCCCGACUAAGUCUCAGGACUUCAUCGCAUCCCUCAUCGCCUCGGAGAAUGUGCCGCGCGAUGAGCUCGACGUGUUGCGCCGGGUGAGCCUGAUGGCUGGGGCGGAGGACUGGGACUUGAGGAUGGCGUGUGCUACGGCCUUGAGGGAUCGCGUCUUGGGGCCGGAGUCGGGGAGCAUGGGGCUGUACCUUUGCCUGCAAAACAUGGCUCUCGGAGAGGAAGAGUUCAGGCUAUCUAUCCCCUUCGUCGAAAGGGAGGAUCCACAGCCUGUCAAGAAUGAAGAUGGGAAGGGAGCCGGAUCAGGAAGGGAAAAGCAACUAGACAAGGGCAAAUCGCCGUUCUGGACGGGCGACUUGGGUACUGAUUCUAUCCGGAAACCUCGAACGAAGACAUCCCCCGGGAUAACACCAAGAAGCUCCGUUCAUGUUCAACAGCCAGUGAACGGCGGCGACAGCUUUCAUCAGCUUUCGCCUGUCAAACCAUUAGGAGAUGUCCCGGUAAACGUCAGAAACCGGGGCCCUCCCAAGGAUGUUCGUUCAAGCCUUCAAACGCCCGCAGCAGAUGAGGCAGUCAAAGAGUUUGAGCUGGUCAGCGGGAACGCAUCACCAAACAAACGGUCUGGACCGGCCGUUGUCACAUCCAAGAAAUCAGCGAAAUCGCCAUACUUCACCCCGCCAGCGACCGAAGAAAAGUCUACUGAGAACUUCAGUCUUGGCUUAAACGCCGACGGGAGUCCGAGGAAAUCCACCCGUCCUCCGCGAGGCACUGUGUCGAGCCUCCCCUUCCCGACUCUCUCGGCGCCCUGUUUUGGUCUGGUACAGGAGAGGCUUGCCGGCGAUGCUUUUCGACUGCUCAUCGCCGUCACCUUCCUCAUCCGCACAUCGGGGAAAGCGUCCAUCCCGGUGUUUGAAAAGGUUAUGGAGCGCUGGCCAUCGCCCGAGGCUCUUGCGAAUGCUGACCGGGCCGAGUUCGUCGGCAUGACUGAGCACUUGGGUCUGGCAGCUGUGCGAUACACAGCCAUACAGAAGUACGCAAGGAUAUGGUGCGAGCAACCUCCGACAAAAGGCCGUCGUUACGCGGUCAAGAACUAUCCCCACCCUGUGGAUGGCAAGGACGUGAGGGCCGGAGAGGAGUUUGGAGCGGAAGAUGCCGGUCCCAGCGAUGGAGUGAACCCAACUCGAGGAAAAGACUGUCUGUGGGAGAUUGGCCACUUGACACAGGGAAAAUACGCCAUCGACUCUUGGCGGAUAUUCUGUCGAGACGCUCUCUUGGGCAGGGCGAGUGACUGGAAGGGUGGAGGGCGAGAACCCGGCUUCCAGCCUGAGUGGAUGCGAGUCCUGCCGGAUGACAAGGAGCUGAGGGCGUGUCUGAGAUGGAUGUGGAUGCGCGAAGGGUGGGAAUGGGAUCCGGUUACCGGGGAGCGGGAGGUGCUACGGAAAGAGAUGAGACAGGCUGUCGACGAAGGCAGGGUCGCCUUUGACAACAGCGGUCAGCUGCAAAUCGUGGCUUAG